AUGAAGGCUUUGAUCCUACAAGGACUCAUUUUGGCCUUUGCCACUUGCUUUCAGUUCAGUGAGAGUCAGAAAUCAUGGCAGCAGACAAGAGAAAAGGUAAUCAACAGUCAACCCAUCCAAAAGCUGACUUCCAAGGCAUCGCAAAGCAGAGUUUUAUCUACACAGCUUGACAAAAAACUUUCAUCCUUGUCUCAGGACUCUGCCUUACCUACCAACAGAUUGUCACUACCCUUCGAUGCUCAGAGUGUAAAGAAUGUACUUUCUGAGGCUGGCUCAAAGAUUAAAAAGGGAGUUGAAAAGUUCUCUUCACAAAUUAGGAAAUUACGUAGAAAGAGAAGAUCUGACCGGUCCAGGCCAAAUAACAGACGGGUAAAACAACCUAGGAAUAGAUCAGCUACUCAAAUACCCAAACCUAAAAAGAGAUCUUCAGAAACCUUGGAAAGGACCCGGUCUAAACCAUGCAGGAAACAACCAUCUAAGCUAGAAAAGAAAAGACAAAAGCGAAAGGAAAAAUUGGCACGUUCUACGAAGGCUAUAAAAAAGAGGCUCACAAAAACUAAAUCUGUAAUAUCACCCAAGAGAAAGCAAGCCUCAUCCAGAACAGAAGAGCCCCCUAAGUCCAGGAAGGAAAGACGACAGCAAAGGAAAAAGGAUAGAGCCGCUUCAAGGGCUGUAAAGAAAGAGCUUAAGAAGAUUAAAUCCACACUGUCACUUCUGAAAAAGCAAACAUCAUUUGUCAUAAAUAACAAAUCCAAGCCCAGACACCCCAAACUCAACGAGAAAAACACACUUGAAACCUUUGAAGCAGCAAAGAAUCUACUUUCCUUAGCAGAGGAAAUCUUCAAUGCAUCUAUGAGGGGACAACCAACACCUGCUCAGAAAUUGUUGUCUUCACCAAAUCCAAUGAUUUCUAGUACCAGUGCAAGACCCUCUCCCACUAAGAGUUCAACCACAGCCCCGGUGAUUGGCACUACCACCUUAGUACCAUCAACCACUAACUUAGAAAUAGAGGCUACAUCCACAAAGCCUUCAGGAGAAACCACACAUGCAGGUACUUCCCCUAGUUCUACAACUUCCAUGAACACAGUGCCCUGGUCCACAACUCAUUUGGCCUCUGUGUCUACCACUAUAUCUGCUUCUACCUCAGAGGUCUCAGAAACUGAAGCAAACACCAAAGAUAUGACCACCACCCAAGUCAUGGAUAGUUCUACCACUCAAGCUGCCUCUACAACUUCAACAAGCAUAACUACCACAUCUGUCACCACUUCAAACACCACCUCUGUGCCUACUGGAGACAAAUCUAAGGGAUUUGAGACCACCACCAGUGGUAGCACAUUGUCAUCAACCAGCACAGCUGUAUCUCUUGCUCCUGCAACUACAAAAAUACCCACAACGUCUGUCUUUGUUUCUGCUGGCUCUACCAGGAAUGCAUCACAAGGCACCACACCUGCACCACACUCUACUAGAAGUGCACCUAGCACUGUCACAACUGUAAAAAAUGUGACUACCACAUUAGUGACUACAACUGUCACUCAAACAACAAAUAACACAAGCAAUGAAACUACAACCCAAGUGAGUGUAGGAACCAGUAAGUCAACAACUGGCACAACUUCUGUAGCCAUAUGA